CCUCCCCUCCCCGCGCUGCUUGGGCUGGGCCCAGGGGACCGGGCUGGGGGGCCGCUUCCUCCCUCGCUCCCCUCCCCCUCUCGUUUCUUUCUUCCGUCCCCUCCCCUCCCCUCCCCUCCAUCCUUUUAUUUUAAUCACCGUCUGUCGUUAUUACUGCCCCCCGUAGCGGUGUCGUCAUCAUCAUUAGUGUUAUCAUCAUUAAUAUUCCUGCGAUCAUCAUCAUUACUGCCACCGUGAUUAUUAUGACUAUCAUUGUCACCACUAUUAUCAUUCCUGUCGCGAUUAUUACCGUUGUCAUGAUUAUUAUCACCAUUCUCAUUACCGCUGUCAUGAUUAUUAUCAUUACUGUCCUCAUUAUCACGAUUAUCAUUACUUAUCAUGGUUAUUAUUAUCAGUACUAUCAUCACUGUUUGUUAUUAUUACUAUUAUUAUGAUGAGGAUUAUUACUAUCAUUAUUAUCAUCAUUACUAUCAUCACCAUCUGUUAUUAUUACUAUUAUUAUGAUGAGGAUUAUUACUAUCUUCAUUACUAUGAUUAUUAUCAUUGCUAUCGUGAUGAUUAUUAUGAUUAUUAAGAUCACAAGCCAGGUGGUGGAGCGCAGCGGCGCGGUGCCGGAGGUUUUUCAAGCUGGCGGUGUCGUGUCGUUCCCUCCCCCCCACACCCUCCCUUUCCGCAUCGCCCCCAAUUUUUGCCCCGGUCGGGGUCCGUGUCGCGCGGCGCUCGGUGGGAGUCGCGGGCGUUGGGGCCGCGCCGGCGCCCGCUCGAGGGGCAGGGGUCGGCCGGGGUCCCGUCGCGAGGACGGCCGUCCGUCCGGUUUGAUAGAGGACCGCCUGGCUUUGCGAUGCGGAUCCGGACGCCGUUCUGUCGGACAGGUGGAAAAGGGAAGGCGUCCGGUUUCGCAUCGAACGGAUGGAGCGGCAGAAAACCGGGCGAACGGCCACCUUGCACGUCGCCCCGGCAAGAUAAACAUCCAAGGCACCCAGCGUGCGCUCCUGGGGAGUCUGCUCCAGACUCUGGAGGUCAAGAAGUUUUCCCUCGUGUCCGGUUUAAAACGGUCUUCCAGCGGUUUGUGACCGUUGGACCUCGUCUUCCCGAGCGGUGCCCUGGUGAGCAGACGCCCCCCCCGGUUCUUUACACCACAGGGUUUGAGGUGUAAAGACCAGAGCUGGGUGAAGCGUGGGCGCACCGUGGGUUUAUAAAGGGGCAUCGUGAUCCUCCGAGACAGUAUUAUUACAUGGAUUUCUAUCCUGCCCCAUCCAGGAAGGCCGAGAGCGGCCAGCAAAUCGUUCCUCCAGCACGUCCCAUGUGAUGUAUAUGAGAACGACCCGACACUUUCCCAGCUAGCCCACGUCUCUUGAAGUCAAUGCAGGGUGAUUCGUUUCUGUGGGUCCAGGAAAGAGAGAACGGCCUGGCCGCAGUAAAUGCAGGGCGAUUCGCUUUCCUGGACCCAUAGAAACGAAUACUGGCCUGGUUGUAUCUUUAUGGCCCGCGGCGCUUUCUAGGCACAUAUGGAGCUUUGCUCAAUAAGAGAUUGGGAAAUGAUUUGGAUUUAAAUUUAAAAAAACCCAACAACGCAGGGUUCAUUUCAGUGUGUCUCGUCCAGUUUUGAAUGUCUGGGCUCGUGGGGCUUCCACCAGUUCCUCCAAGGAGUCUAUUCCAGGAUUUUGGAGACUUCGACUGAGCUACCCUGAUGGUGAAAUUCAUACUUGUGUGGACAAGGUUAUCACCAUCGUGAUCUCCAGUCCCUUAAGUUAAAAAGAAUUUGCGGCUAGGCUUGUGGCGUCAUUGCAGGUCGGCUGAACAGUCAGAGGUAGAGCUCUGUAGGUUUUUUUAGUACUGCUUUUGUUUUCCUGCUCGUAUCUCUAAUUACGAUCGAUGCCUAGUAAAGGCUUCCAGUGAGGCUGAAGCUGAAUCAUUCAAAUAAUUCCUGGUGUAGGAAAGAGAGGGUUGUGGCUAGUAACCAGGGAAACUCAAGCCUUUCUUUGCCUGUUCCCUUUGGAGCUAAGGUGUUGUGGUGCUGCCAUGUGGGUGCAAACAAGCGAGGUUCCUGUAGUUCUCUUUGGUCCGAUGCAAGGCUGAUGUUUGUCUUGCUUUUGUCAUUGAAAUGGGAAAGGCUGGAAUGAUACUGGUGGAGUCCACUGACACUUUGAAAAGCACUUUUACGUCAUAAAAUUAUUUUCCUGUAUCUCAUUUAUCUUUAGAUAUAUAUCUAGAGAGUGGCUUCAGUCCUGUGUUGGCUUCUGGUAAGCUGAGAUGCCCGAACUUGGGGACAAUUGUACGUAUUUUAGGAGGCACCAAGAAACACAUCGUUCAGAAAGUAAAUAACUGUGUGUUUUGCUGUCCCCUCUCUUCCGCGGGGGAGACGGCUUUUGGAAAAUCUUCAAUCACUACUUAUUUGCAGUCCGUCAAAACGGGGUUCUGACUGCGAUCUCUGGAGAGGGGGCUUCACUGUUUAAAUGACCUUUUCAUGUUGGUGACAGAACACAGAGUUUGACAGGGCACUUGGCAGAGUAAAGAAAUAUUAGCUUUCAGUCCCCUGGUAAACUGUGCAGCUGCCAUGGACUGAUUGCACAGGAGUUCUUCACUUGGUGCCUCGAGGAAACAGAGCCUUGUUUUAAGUCCUUACAGCUCCUGUCGAGGGAUGCAGCCUCGCUUUCUAGUGCUGGAGGAGGAGAGAACCCAAGCUGUAAACAUUGCCGCAUCUGACCCAUCUACAGACCAAGUCACCUUGCUCUCUGCAUACACAGUCUUACUGUAGGUCUCAUCAGGAGCAAAACCCCAGUUCUUUCUGCUUUCUGUAGAAGUUAGCUGAAGUGCCUUGUCUUGACCUGAACUCUUGCUAAUUCAGGUCUCCGUGUGUGGCAUUUACACUUUGGUAAUACUCCUUGACAGCAGUGCCUUUGGGUUCAGCAUGAUUAGAUACCUCCCAGAAAGUAGAGCAUCCUCAGGUAGUUUUUAAACUAGCUGGGGGUUAUUUGCAGCAGCCUCUAAUCAUUGCAAGUGAUUCCUUCUCUGUCAGGUGCCUCGCAGGACAACUGUUUGGAGAAAAGCUCUUCUAAAAGGAGAUCUUUCAGCGUGCUCUAAGGAUGUCGAGACGCAGGCUUGCUCAACGUUUCCUGCAGAAACACAUUGUACAAUAACAGAAUCUUUUCUGGGAACACAGUGACCCAGGCUAUCACAAAGCAAAUUGCUGGCUGUGUCACCUGGGAUAUAUCCAUUGAGUCAAGAAGGGUGCAGUAAGGGGAGAGAGAGUUACUGAAAAACAAGUGUAUUUUUGCUCCUUCCAUGCUUUGAAACUUCAGAUGAGCUGGGGCUUAGAGAACAGCUGAAGUGGCUAGGUCAGCGUAGUUGUGCAAAAGGUCUGGCAUUUGAGUGCUGCGAGAGACUGAAGAAAGUGCAUUUGGUUUGCAUUGCAGUGGGGCGUUAGCAAAGUUCAUCUGAAAUAGGAGGAUAAAUAUAACCGGUGUGAAUCAGAAAUCCUAGUUACACGCUUGUGCUGAAUCCUGAAUGAGUGCAUGAUGCCUGGCUCUUCGGUUAUGCUCGCACCAGAAGGACCUGGCUCUUUCUCGGUUUUGAAGCUUUCGGAUAGCAUGUCUCCCCCGAGCCCAGUGCCGACAAUAGGGGGAUAUAGAAGAAAGCAAAAAGAAUAGCCUAUGCGAGGAGGCACACCUGAUAUAGCAUGGUGGUGAAUAUAGCAGAAUCUGGAUGAAAGCUUAUUUCAGCUGCAUUGGAGCCUGAAGCCCCAAACUUGGCUUGCGGCUCUGAGUUAGGGUUUGCGCAGACAAGCAAGAAAUGGUCCCUGUCCUUGAUAGAGAUUUCUGUCGAGGCAGAUGAUGCAUGCAUGGGUAUUGUCCCCGUUUUAGAGAUGCACAAGAGAGAUUUGCAAUUCGUGUGUGAUUUAUACAGGGAGCCUGUGAUACACCUGGUAGCCAAGACCCAAUCUCACGAGUCCUAAAUCUGGUCCUGUAACCCCUAAAAGCUUGACUGCAAAGGGGGCUGAAACCGGAAAACAAAAUCAUUGACCUAAAAAGCAAGGACGGAGUAAAAAAAUAACGUUUUUCACCGCAGGCUGCUGCUUUGAAUAAGCUGCCACAGUAACCAACAGGAAAAUAAUUGCUCCCACUAAAAGAGGUUUUUCGGUUUUUGUUUUUAAUUUCCUGCGAGGUCGCGGCAUUUCAGCAGGGCUCUGCCUUCCCGCUGUUGCAUGUGACGCUCAGGUUGAAUAACUGCUCAUUAGACGCUCCGCGUCUAGCUGUUAAACAAGUAAUGCAGCGCCGGGAUCGUGCACCCCAGCCCCAGCGCUGCCUUUCGGUUACGUGUGUGUAGUGCCUGGACCUUUGACUGGGGCCCCUGUGCACUGUCUGCUCGGUGACAUGGGUAAGGAAGGGGGUUAAAGUGCUCCCGCUCCUUCCCCACACCCAUGCUUUGCUGUCCCUGUUAUCUUCCCUUCUUGUUUUGGGUUUGUGGUAGGGCUCAUGCCACCCCCAGACAGAGACCCCAGCAUGCAAACCACCGUGUAAGCACAUCGCUGAAAGCCCACCCUUGCCCCAAGGAGCAUACUUACUGCCUUUUUUGCAUUAUUUGCCCCUUUGUUUCCUCGUUCUUAGGAAGGAUAAAGGUCACUGGGAAUCCUUUCGCUAUAGACACAUCAUGAAUGAGAGUGGUUCUGGAUCUGGGCCAACGGCUGAUUUUUUGAAAGGAUUACCUGUCUACAACAAAAGCAACUUCAGUAGAUUUCAUGCAGACUCUGUAUGUAAAGCGUCGAAUAGAAGACCGUCAGUAUACCUUCCCACGAGGGAAUAUCCUUCUGAACAAAUCAUAGUAACAGAAAAGACGAACAUACUUUUGCGUUAUUUACAUCAGCAAUGGGACAAAAAGAAUGCAGCAAAGAAAAGAGAUCAAGAGCAAGUGGAAAUAGAAGGUGAGAAUUCGGCGCCUCCCCGGAAAAUCGCUCGGACAGACAGCCAGGAUAUGAAUGAGGACACUUAAACUCUUGCUUGCUCCUCUCCUCCUUUUGCAGGCGCUUCCUGUUUUGUCUCAAAAUGUGUAAAUUUCUGUCCCUUCCCCACCCCACCCGCCCCCACUAUGCAGCCCAAACCACUUCUGACUUCAUAGGAGCCAAUGUAUUUAUUUUUUUUUCCUCCUCCAGUUUUUAUUUAUGCCGUGAACCUUAUGGGGCAGUGGUGGAGCAAGUCAACAAGCGAUGUAGUGUAACUUCCCUUGAUCCUUUUUAAAAAACAUCCUGUCACUUCUGGGUUUUGUGCUACCUGUUGCUUAACUAACCCAGUCUAGCCAUGGAAGCCUGGAUAGGAGACAUGGGUUUACAGCAGAACCCUUCAGUGGCAUAGGCUUUCUGCUCCAUGUACACAUCGUUAUGACAGAGGCUAACUUUACAGUCUAGCAGCGAUCGGAAGGGGGGCUUUGUCUCCCUCCCAAACGUAACUUCCAAAAUGGGCACCGUACUAGAAAUCAUGGGGUUAUUUGGGAUUAUACUGAUCUUAUCAAAUGUGUUCUCACCUUGAUAUAACCAUUGUAUCCCUUUUGGCCUGUCCUGUGAAGGCCGCAGCCUGUGUUCAGCCCACGUACGUUAUCACAUGCAUCAGUGAUCAUGGAGAGUACAAGUGAAAGAUGUGUUACUUGUGUUGCUCUUGAAAUAUAAGUCCUUUCGUCUCGGAAGGACUUGGUAUGUGCAACUUCUCCAUUGGAAUAAAAAGGAUGCUUUUAUCCUACGCUGAGUAUUUGAUCGGCAGUGUGUGUUAGACGACGACAGAUGGGAUGAGUUGGGUAAGCCUACCUUUGACUGCUGCCGGGGUGCAUAAGCCAGCUCUUUGUCCUCAAGUCACACAUCGCAUUGGGAACAGCUUGGCUCUUUCCUCUUUCUCCACUGUUAUCUCUGAAAAAUGGUACUUUGUUGUGUGUGCCCUGGAGUGUCUGUAUGUCUGGAGCAGAAUCCAAGACCCCUGGAUGCAAAGUAGCUGACCAAAAAUGUGAGCUUCCAUGGUCUGUAUUCAAGACCAACUCUAUUUCUUUUGGACAAUGACAGCUCAGUGCCUGUCACCUGUAACCCUUUACUGACUCUUCAGUAGAAGCCAAAUGCAGAAACCCUCAAGACGCCUAGAUGAAAUCAAAGUUCAGAGGGAGUUAAAAGAACCGGCUGAUAAAAGGGGUGUCGCUCACUAUUGACUGUCCGGUAUGGUGUAAUCGGAGGAGCUGAUCUGACAUUGUGUUGGGUUUAAAUCUAGGUUGUUGCAUUUAAUUGCUCUUCACCUGCUCUCCGCUCAUCCACAACUCCUGAAUGAACUGAGUCCAGGAACAGUACGCCUGCGUAAGGUGAAUUCUAUAAGGGGCUUGAGCCGUGUCCGACUAUAGUGGUUAAACUCAGAUGAAAGACUUGAGGAUGGGGGCCAUGCCAUGCCCUUGACUGCAGCAUCCCCAUGAGACCGGUGGAAAGGAUGUGUCCAGGGGGAAAAAAAGACUAUGAGAAUGAAAUGGUGUGGCUGACAGCUUUAUUGUAUGGGACAGGACUUUGUGAAGAGCAGGGCACAGCUCAUUUCUUACUGCAACCAUUUUUAAGUGUAUAUAAGGCACAAGCUUCUGAUACGUUGUGUGAAUUUAACCUUUUUUUUUUUAAGUUAACACUGUUGAGUAGCUUAGACUUCAAAUUGUACCUGCCUUCAACAUUGUUUUGCUGUGGCAGUACCCCUCCAGAUCACCCGAACUUUGGGUAAAAAUACCAGCUGUGUUGGGGAGGUAAAAAAUACUUUUCCUUCUCCGUAUGAUCUGCUGGCGCUCCCGUUCUUUUCCCAGAGCUAUGCUGCCGAAAAGAUGCAGCAUGUGAAAUGCAAGAAAUAAGCAGAAAAUGCCAUGUCCACGUCCACUUUUACUAGGAUGCAUUAAAAGGAUCAUAAUUCUAAAAGAAGAAGUCGGGGAUAUAGCUGACGAUAAAGUGUGUCCAUCCUGUGUUUUUAGCUUAAUUUGAGGAUCUCCACCUCAAGACUGAUGUUUGUACAGUGCUUUGAAGUCAUAAAAUGCUGUAUACUUCCUGAUCACUGCAGAGAGAUUUGAGCUUUGCUGACUUCCCUGCUAGACAAGAGCGACGCACUAUUAAAGAGAGAUGGCAGUUCA